CUGUCCGGGAAGAGGUAAAAGAAGCAGCUUGUAACAAAAGAGUCAUUACCUGGUCAGUCACGGACCGAGAACAUACUGCUAACCUGGAUACACACUCACUGGGGUGGAUAAUCGGUUACUAUGAGGCUGUCACAAGAAGCAGAAGAUGCAACAAAGGACAGAAAGUUCACUAAAUCUCAGGUGGAGAAGCGCCGAAGGGAGAGGAUGAACCAAAGUCUGAAGCGUCUGACAGACUUACUGCUACAGGAGCCACAACAAUUGGGUGGAACUCAGCACAGAGUAGAGAAAGCUGAGAUACUGGAGCAGACAGUCCUCUUCCUCCAGAACACUGCCAAAGGAGAAAACACAAGAACCCGAGUGGGGAGUGGGGGUGGAGACCAGAAACAUUCCUUCCAGGAGGGCUUUGCUGCCUGCCUGCAGAGAGCUACUCACUUCCUGGGGCCUGAAGGGAAAGGCCUGUGGCUCGGACCGGUGCUAGAUGCGUCUUUUGCUGCUCACUUUGCCAGCUUACACUUUGAUUCUGCAGGUGUCCAACAGAGAGCACAAGCUCGUUUCUCCUCCAGCUCUCUGCCACACUCACAAUCCAUUAUUUGGGUGCUGAGGCAAAAGUGUAAGCGAGACUUUGGUGUGAACAGUUUUGUUCAUCCCUACCGACUUCCAGCCCAACAGGGGCUUCCUGGAGUUCCCCAGCAGCCUCAGAAAAAUCAGCUUGAAAUCAGAGUGGAGGGAGAAGCGAGCAAACAGAGCCUGUCCCAGAGCCACCCGGUCAGCCAGACAUUGUGGAGACCCUGGCACUGA